AUGAAGACCGUGAAUCGCUCAACAAUGCGGUAUCGUGCUGUCGUUCUGAACUCGCUGCUUGGACGAAAAGGCGCUUUACAUCAGCUUACCGAUUACUGGGACGUCGCCACAUAUUUCGAGGUAUCAGUACUGGCGGAAAACUACCAGAAGGCCUGCGAGGCAGCACUUAAAAUGGCAAUGUUGAAGCCGCCGGUGUGGUUCCUCAAAUCAACUAUGGAGAAUAUCAAGCUGAUCAAUAGAUGUGCCGCGACGAUCAGUCCAAUUGAGAAGGAGAAGCAGCAGUUCUUGUUUUGGUCCGAAUUCUUCAUGGAGGCGAUUGACUCAGAGUCGGAUGUGACCUGCGCUCGUUUUCCAGUGUUAAUACAAGAACUCACCAAGCAAUUCACGCCGUCUUACCUCACAUUGAACGUCAACGAACGUUCAAUGAUUCUCAGUCAUGUCCUCGAAAAUAGCCAACAAAAGAAGCCACCUCCAGGUAUCCAUCGUUGGCAUUUCACCGCCGGCAACAUCAAAGCUGUCUCCGCUUCAAAACGUGACGAUAGAUCGAUGUUCCUUUAUGUGCACGAAAACUCGGACGAUUUCAACCUAGUCUUUCCAUCCGCGGCACACUGCAACAAGGUAAUAAACUCUUUGAUGGAGAUGACUGAAGCGGACGGCAAUCAAGGUAAAGUUCUAUCGAACCUUGAUGGCGAGAAAAUGCAUUUUGAAUACGAGUUGACGUCCAGUGGUGAUCGAGUGGUGCUUGGUAAAGGAACGUACGGUGUGGUGUACUCCGCACGGGACGUGACAACACAACGUCAAAUCGUCGUGAAAGAGAUUGAAGUCAAAUACGACGAGGAGGUACAACCACUUAUGGAAGAAAUCAAUCUGCAUUCAACCCUAAGUCAUCAAAAUAUUGUGCAGUACCUGGGUUGCGAUGUCGUGCACAGGUACCUGCACGAGCAGAAAAUCGUCCAUCGUGAUAUCAAAGGUGAUAAUGUGCUGGUGAACACAUACAGUGGUGUGUGUCAAGAUCAGCGAUUUUGGUACCUGUAA